AUGAUGAUGCAAUUGCAAGAUUCGGCAGCUCAACAACCCGAAAUCGCUACAAUCGUGGGGGAUUCUUCUUCUUCCUCUUCCUCUUCUUCUCCUCAUUCUUCUUCUCAGGGUGAUAAGCAGGUAAAAGAAAAAUCUACUGAAGAUGUGCCAAGCGGAACCCACUUGGAUCUUUCAAUACAAAUACCUCCAAGGCCAAUUCCAUUUGUUGGUUGCCGUAACCCAAAGAGUUCACUGAUGUCCACUGGCUCAUUCAAAAGUGGCAGCACAUCGUCACCGAGAGGGAUCCUGCGGAAUUUAAGCCUGAAAAAGAAAGUUGUAGCUCAACCUGAAAGCGAGAGAAGCUCUCUACUCUCUCCAGGACUCAUGGAAACUGCUAAGAAGAGCAAUACUCCCGGUUCAACAACUUCGCAUUAUUGGAAAAGAUGUUUGUCGCUUCCAUCUAGACAUGCCGCAAAACUGUCUCCUGUGGUAUCUGCACAAGUCUCAGUUGGUGUGCCCGUUGAACCGCCUAAUAAAGAUUAUAGCUAUCCGGCAGUUCCAAGGUCCUUGUCCAUGCCCGGAAGAAACAAAGUGAUUGUGCGAUCCAUUUCUUUUGACAACCAGAAAGCCCGUGUUUCCUCUGUAACAAGUGCAGAUCAAGUGUCUCCUGUUCCUCCUGAAGAAACCGAUGAAGAAAUUCCGGAAGAAGAGGCAGUGUGCCGGAUCUGUCUGGACGUGUGCGAAGAAGGAAACACACUGAAAAUGGAGUGCAGCUGCAAAGGGGAUCUCAGGCUUGUUCAUGAGACGUGUGCCAUUAAGUGGUUUAGCACAAAGGGAACAAGAAGCUGUGACGUCUGCAGACAAGAGGUCCGAAACUUACCAGUUAUAUUGCUUCGUGUGCCCACAACUACUCCACCAAAUACUAGGCGUGAUCGCAAUCAACAGAAUAUGCAGUCACAAACCGCUAGUGCUUGGCAAGAGUUUGUGGUGCUAGUUCUAAUUAGCACAGUCUGUUACUUCUUCUUCCUCGAGCAAUUACUGAUUCGGGACUUGAACAAGAAAGCUGUCUACAUCGCAGCGCCAUUUUCAUUAACGUUGGGCCUCUUAGCAUCCAUUUUUGCCAUUGUCCUCGCUAUCAGAGAAUACAUAUGGACAUACGCAGCACUUGAGUUUGCGCUUGUUGGCAUGUUGGUUCAUAUACUAUAUGCUUCAGUUAAACUAUCGCCGAUCUAUGCAAUACUUUUUGCAGGGAUUCUUGGUUUUGGGAUAGCCGUGUGCCUGAACUCGUUGUAUCUUCAUUACUUCACUUGGCGUGUACGCAUUGCAGAAAACCCAAGUCCAGUUUGA